AUGGCAAAUCGCAUUACCAAGACCCCUACCUUUCGACCAGGCCAUUAUGCCGCCAAGCUAGCCAAAGCUCUCGAAGAUGAAGCUAAAGCAAAAAACCGCUCUCGUCAUAAAGAUGCGGCUGGAUGCGAAUCUAAGUCGUCUGGGUCAAUACAAAUGGGGCCUGAAAGCCAUAAUGGCAGCAAAGUUAUACACCAAUCCGAUCGAGAAACGGAAUUGGUCGAUUCUUCACCAGACAGACUGCACCAAUCUACAACACAUGCGAACAACCGACCUUCGGAGCAAGUGAAGCAAGGUCCCUUCAAAGCUUUAUCCGAAAGAGCGAAGCAGAUGGAACGAGGCAGAGAGUGGGAAAGCAACGCUGCUAAGCGACUGCUCAAGCGAGAGCUGGCUGGCGAAAUCGAAAUUUUGAAGGGCGAGAUGGAGGAUCUUAAACAAAUGGUCAUCUCUCUUCAACCCCUCCUGUCUGAGCGAAGCAGGGGAAAGCGAGUCGCUUUCCAAGACGGACUCAGCUAG